UGCAAGAAACUUGACGCUGUCAAGAGAUCAAAAGGGAACUCUUUCUCAGAGAGCUUAAACCAAGGCCAAUGAUUGAUAUCUAUGCUAUCUAAACUUCUUACGAAAUUCGCGUGGGGAGACUUGCACACGGCUUUCUGCUGCUGUCCGAUUUUACAUCGUGAAAAAUGUCAGGAAACCCAACAUUUGUAAACCCUUUUCACAGACCGCACUGUUUAUCGGCUGCAGCUCCAGCUGGGAAGGCAAAACUAACUCAUCCUGGAAAAGCUAUUUUAGCAGGCGGAAUAGCAGGAGGGAUUGAAAUCUGCAUAACCUUCCCCACAGAGUAUGUGAAGACUCAACUGCAGUUAGACGAAAAGGCCAAUCCUCCACGCUAUAAAGGAAUCGCGGACUGUGUGAAGCAGACAGUUCAGGGCCAUGGGGUGAAAGGACUGUACAGGGGCCUCAGCUCAUUGUUAUAUGGUUCCAUACCCAAAGCUGCUGUUCGGUUCGGAGUGUUUGAAUUCCUCAGUAACCAGAUGCGAGAUGAGUCAGGGAAACUGGACAGCACGCGUGGAUUGAUCUGCGGCCUGGGUGCGGGCGUGGCUGAGGCGGUGGUGGUCGUCUGUCCCAUGGAGACGAUAAAGGUGAAAUUCAUUCAUGAUCAGACUUCAGCCAAUCCAAAGUACCGAGGCUUCUUCCAUGGCGUGAGAGAGAUUGUGAGGAGCCAAGGUCUCAGAGGAACAUAUCAGGGAUUGACAGCAACUGUUCUGAAACAGGGCUCGAACCAGGCCAUUCGAUUCUAUGUCAUGACUUCUUUAAGAAACUGGUACAGAGGUGACAACCCCAACAAGACCAUCAAUCCUCUUAUAACUGGAGUGUUUGGGGCCAUUGCUGGGGCUGCCAGUGUGUUUGGAAAUACUCCACUGGAUGUAAUCAAAACUAGAAUGCAGGGGCUUGAGGCUCACAAAUAUAAAAGCACUAUGGAUUGUGCCGUUAAAAUCAUGAAGCAUGAGGGACCUGCAGCAUUCUACAAAGGGACUGUUCCACGUUUGGGUCGGGUCUGCAUGGACGUGGCCAUAGUGUUCAUAAUCUACGACGAGGUGGUGAAAGUGCUCAACAUGGUGUGGAAGACUGACUAACAGAGAGGACACGUUGCGACAGGGUUGACCAAAGGACACGGACCAGACUCUAGUCAACACGCUUUUCUCUGUUUAAAAAAAGAAAACGGAAACACACGCUGCAGGAGCACACACACAGACACACACAAAAUAACGAGAGUUAACUUCUCGCAAACUCUUAAUGCACAAGUUACGUAGCGAAGAGAGAGACAAACUCUCCCGCGAUAAUGUGAGGCAAAGCACUAAGACAAAUACUUGAAAAAUACAGCAUCGUUCUCUUCUCCCAAAGGCUGUUUUUAAAAGAUAACAUAGAUAUUGUGAAAGAGAAACGUGUUUUUAUAGUAAAGCUAACCGCUGGAAAAGAAUGAAACUUAACUCAAAGACAGACGUUUUGGCUGUAUAUUUUAGCGUCACAUUAGUAUUAAUACUAUCUAAUUAUUUUUUGACAAGUAUUUGAUUUUCUAACGUGCAAUUGCAAAUAUGAUGGUUUAAUUUUUUUUUUUUUUUUUUAGAUAUACCUCUGCAAGGUGAUGGGCACUAAUUAAUUAAUGUCAUAUUCAUUCAUAAGCUGCACUUGGCAGGUCUGAUUAUAUGUAGUCCUGAAAUCUUAGGAAGUACACAUGACCAAUGUAUUUCCACAUAUUAAUUGAUCUGAUACUCUUGGGGGCCUGGUUGUCAAAUUAUAGUAAGUGCCAUGAUGUAGUGUCAUUGGCGCUUUUACAAUGUCACGUCAAAUCUUGUAUUGCAGCACAUUUUAACAUUCUGUUUUUAUUUGCAAUGAAUAGAGGAUGUCACUUUUGUGCAGCCUUGGUUUGUUUUCGUUCGUAAGAGCAUGCCAGACAGAUUUGAAUAUCUGGUCCCUUUGUACAUUUUUAUUUCAUAUAACUUGUUUAAUUGCAAAGGCCUUAAAUUGCUCUUUUUUUCUGUGCCAAUGUCUUAUUCUUUGCCUACCUCAAGGACACCAAAAAAAAAAAGAAAAAAAAGAAAUGAAUUAAACUUAUUGGUAGAGCAGGCACAUCAGAACAGAGUGUUGUCAAAUGCUAGGUACAUUCUCACCAUGUUAAAUUCUACUUGACCACAUACACCAGAAAUCUAUUUUAGUCUUAAGUUUAAAUGUUAAUCUCGGAUUAUGUACUGAGAAUUGAGUGUAGUGACUGAAAGGAUCCUUUUUUUUUAAUGUGGUGCCUUUCAUUGAAAUGUUUGGUUGGAUGAUGUGCAUUUGCUUCACUACAAUAUCAUUAAGGGGAACAUUAAACAUACCACAGCUCAGCAUUGUUCCACUGAUAUCUGUCAGUGCUAUUAACGUUUACGUAUGAUUUCAGUAGUCGUGUAUGCAUUGUUUUUUGUUGUUGUUGUUUUGUUUUGUUUUUUCUGUUAUUGGUGAGUCUGGUGAGCAGUUGGAACACGGUAUUGGUUUUAUCUUAUUCUCAUGCAAAGAAAGAUAUCUUUACAAUGUUCUAGAGUAACAUAAGAUGUAUUUUGUUUGUUCACACAGCCCUCAUGAAUAACUGAUUUUAUGCUAAAUCCUCUGUUUUUCAAACAUUUAAAAGCAGUUCUCAGCAAAUGAAAUGACAGCUGUCUGGAUACCAAGCUGUUUCAUUGAGACUGUCAGUGAUGAACUGUCUAAGUAAGCCUUAUUUUAGCCUUAUUUUACACACAUUCAGAAAGACUGUACACGAUUCUGUUGUAUUUUUAGUGAAGCUAAAUUGUCUCUCAGCUACUAAACUGAUACGCAAUGUGCCUUUGAAUCUUGCUCUAAAUUUGUCAGUAAAACAAGAUGACGGAAUAAAAUAGAAAUAUUGACUUUUU